CCCCAAUUCUCAACCCUAAUUGAUCGGAGUUCGUCCCAAUCUCUGCCAUUUGUAACCGUUCCUAAUCUUCACCACCUUCUUCUCAGACUCUCAUCUCAGCUCUCUAGAUCGCAUUCUCGUUUUUUUUUCAUUCUUCUUCUAUUGAUUUGUAUUUCAAGCUACUGAUUUGCUGUAAUGAUCUGCCUUCCGAUUAGCGUAGUUUUUUUUUAAUUGAUAUAGUCGUUAAGAUGGAGAAUUCGCGUAGACCUUUCGAUAGAUCCAGAGAUCCAGGUCCUAUGAAGAAACAGAGGCUCAGCGAUGUGAAUUCGAACGCGCGGCAGAGAGCAGCGAUCGGUGCUACGGCGUCGUCGUCUUCGUCGAGGUUUCGAGCUGCUGCGGGGGGCAGAGAAACGGAGAGUGGUGUUGCUAGCGAUCCGAGCGGGGAGGCUUAUCAGCCGCAACCGGUUCAUCCGCAUUACGAGCUAGUGAACCAGUAUAAGUCGGCUUUAUCGGAGCUCACGAUCAACUCGAAGCCGAUCAUUACGAACCUCACGAUAAUUGCUGGGGAGAAUGUUCAUGCUGCCAAGGCCGUUGUUUCCGCCGUUUGCAACAACAUCCUCGAGGUACCAAUUGAUCAGAAGUUGCCAACAUUGUACCUGUUGGACAGCAUUGUGAAGAACAUUGGAAGGGAUUACAUUAAGUACUUUGCUGCCAAGCUGCCUGAGGUAUUUGUUAAGGCUUACAGACAAGUUGACCCUCCUAUGCGUUCCAAUAUGCGGCAUCUCUUUGGAACCUGGAAAGGAGUCUUUCAUCCGCAAACUCUUCAGCAAAUUGAGAAAGAACUUGGUUUUAAUGCUAAAAGUGAUGUCUCAGCUGCUGUUGUUAGCACAGGCAGAGCUGAGCUGCAGUCUCAGCGCCCACCAAGCAGCAUCCAUGUAAAUCCCAAGUAUCUAGAAAGGCAACGCCUUCAACAGUCAGGAAGGGCAAAAGGAUUGGUUACUGAUGUCCCUGAGAUCGCAUCCAAUUUGACUAGGGAUUCAGAUAGACUGGAGAGAGUUUCAAGCAUAGCAUCUGGAGCCUCGCGGGCAGGUCCAGUUAAAGUAAAUGCCAUUCGCCGGUCUCAAAGAGACUCACUCAGUGAACCCCUCUACGAGAAAGAUAUUGAGUCAAUAUCAGGUGAAUAUGAUUAUGCUUCUGAACUACCGUAUAAUUCUAGAUCAGUGAUUAAGAAGGUUGGUCCAAGGGUUACUGAUGAUGUGUAUGAGGACCAGUGGUACGAAGCUGUGAGCAGGGGUCCUGAUCAGAUUUCUGACCAGAGGGAUGUGUUACAUACCAAAAGCAGAAUUUCCAACUACGCGACUGCGAGACUAGAAAAUUUGGAAUCAAGUGGUCCUAGUAGAAACGCAGGUGUGCCGUAUGAUAGUUGGAAAAACUCUGAGGAAGAAGAGUUUAUGUGGGACAUGCACUCGAGGUUAUCUGAAACAGAUGUGGCCACUGUCAACCCAAAGAAUGAGCUUCACGCACCAGAGGAAUCAGAGAGAUUGGAAUCUGAAAAUCACCUCUUAAAACGACCAAGGCUUUCAGCUCUCGACCCAAGAUUUGAUCCUGUCAGCGAGCAAAUAGAUCCAAGUGUUUUUGGCCGCUUGACGUCUUCUCCUAGGACUUUGCAUGAUCCAGAAGCUUUUCCUCCGACAACCUCUAAUGCAGCUAGAAAGGGAAUUCAGCCUCAAUCUAAGGUGUCAGAUAGACAGUCGCCUUUACAUGAUUCAACUUUUAAACAGAGUGUGGCCAAGCAAGAUUCUAGAAGACCCCAUUCCCUCCCUCAACGUGAUCCUAGGGCUUCCCGGUUUCCAGCGAAAUCUCAAAGUGUCCUCAGGGAUGACUCUGUGCGGCCUCAGUUUAGAAAAACGAAUGUGAUUGAACGACAUGAUACAUUGCAGGGUGAAAAGAUUGACUCUAAGUCAACUAUUGCUUCACAAACUACAGGACAACCCAACAUGAGUGAUUUGCUGGAAUCAGUCAUGAAGAGUGGAAUCCUUUCUAAUAAUUUAACUAAUGGUGCAAGCAAGGAGGAGAGUUCCCAGGUUAACCCAAGGGCACAAACUCUGUCAGCAGCCGCUAAGCCUAAGACUUCGCCAAAUUCAGUGGCUGCUAACAAGUUAUCAGCUCGUUUAAAAGUUGAACGAUCCUCUGCUCCGCUUGGUUCGGGUGCAGUGUCUUUUACCGGUGUCACAUCAGCACAGACAUCAAAAGAGAGUAGUAAGGCCUCGGAUCCUAUUUCGUCUCUCUUGAGCUCAUUGGUUUCAAAGGGAUUGAUAUCUGCUUCGAAGACUGAGCUGCCAUCCCUUGUACAAUGUGCGGCUGCACCUUCUAUAUCGCAAGACCAUAGUCCUGAUCAUUCUACCAAUAGCUCUACGUCUGUAUCUGUGGUUCCGUCUGAUGCUCAGCCAUUGGUUUUGGUGAAGAAGGAGGUAGCACCAGUUGAAACAGCAAUUUCAGAACCCGAAAACCUCAUAGGAGUUAAGUUUAGGGCAGAUAAGAUCCGUGAACUUCACACCUCGGUGAUUAGCAGUCUCUUUGAUGACCUUCCACAUCUCUGCACCUCAUGUGGCGUUCGCCUUAAACAAAAGGAAGAACUUGACAGGCACAUGGAGCUUCACGAUAAGAAGAAGCUUGAGUUAAUAAGUGUCACAAACAGUAAAUGUAGGGUUUGGUUUCCAAAGGCAGAUGAUUGGGUAGCAGGGAAAGCGGGAGAGCUAGAACCUGAAUAUGAUGAAGUUCUGAGUGAUCCUGAAAGUGAGGAAGGUCCAGCCGUAGCUGCUGAUGAGAACCAGUGCGCGUGUAUAUUAUGUGGAGAGAUGUUUGAAGACUGUUUCAGUCAAGGAACGGCUCAAUGGCUGUUCAAGGGAGCUUCGUACCUUACCAUUCCUCCAUCCAAAAGUGAGACAAAUGGAGAGAUCGUCCAUGCAGUUUGUUUGACAAAAAGUUCUUUGUCGAGCUUUGGAGUUGAGAAUGCAAUAAAACAGGAAAAUUAUUGAGUAGAAUAUCCUUAUGAAGGCCAAGAAACCUAUGCUGGGGGAAGCGUUGGCGGCAUCACAGGGGAAGCAGGUUUGAUCCUCGUGAUGCCUCUCGUUUUGUAGAAAAGUGUCAGUCAAAAGUUUUGAGUUGAGCAAAAAAAAGAUGUGCAGUAUUUUUAAAAAUUAUUAACAUGUAAUGCUUUUGUCUCCUUUUUUUUUUCAUUCUAUACAAAAUACAAAAAGAGCAAAGAGGCUUUCCCAACA